GAGAUGGAGCUUGCGGAGCAACCGGCGGCGGCCGUGCCCAGCGCCGUGCCCGUCGGCUGGCAGCGGGUGACGAGGCGCAGGCAGGCGGGCAGGACGGCGGGGCGGACCGACGUGUGCUUCAUCAGCCCUGACGGAAGUAAGCUGCGAUCCAAAAGGGCCCUCGCGGAGUACUUUCGGAAAACUGGGGAGACAUCGCUGAAAGUGGAAGAUUUUGAUUUUACAGCCUCUAAUGGGAGGAGGAGAUGUCUGAGGGUGAAAAGCUACAGCACAAAAGCCACGAGAAGUGAUUCAGAAAAUGAGGAUCCUCACAGUCAAGUGCAAGGCCUGCAAAAUGGUGCAGAGAAUGGAAUUCAAAGUGUUCAGGCUGGGAAUGAGCACCUGGGAGACGCUCCAUGCGCUUUGGAAAGCCAAGAGUUGAUCGGGAAAGGCAUGAACCCAGAGGAGUGUUUGAAAACCAAAAAGAAGGGGGCAGAUUUAAAACGUGUCCAGAACAGGAAAGCUGUGAAGAGCUCAGAAGAGAGGGAUCGCAACAGCACCCAGAACAAAAGGCAGAGAAGAGCGGGGAAUAAGCAAGAAACGGGCUGCGUACAGAGCAAGAGGCUCUGUAGACAGAUAGACACGAGUGGGGUGGGCAGGUGGGGUGUGGAGGAGCAGGGGGCAGACCCUGCGGGUGCAGGCACGGCUCGGCUGUGGCCACGGUCGGCCUCGCAGCUGAGCGCGGUGCCAGCUUGCUCGCAGAGGGGGUUGCAGGGCCUGACAGAGGAGGAACCUGCAGAGGCAGCAUCUAAAGACACAUGUGCACAGUGUGAGGAGAAACCCAGCGGGUUGGGAGUGGGGAAAGAGACAGGUGGAGAGAGUCCGGGUAACCAGGAGUCUAAACCUGAGACUGAAAGGGCUGCUGAUGCCUUGCAGCUGUGUGACAAGAGCAGCUUCACAGCCGUUAAAGUGCUGCCAGAAGACUCUAUCCCACGGACACAAGUGGAUAGGAGGAAAACAAGUCCGUAUUUUUCAAGUAAAUACAGUAAAGAAGCUCCCAGCGCACCUAGAAGGAAGGCCCUCAGAAAAUGGACUCCUCCACGUUCUCCUUUUAAUCUAAUCCAAGAAACACUUUUCCAUGAUCCGUGGAAACUUCUCAUUGCAACCAUAUUUCUCAAUAAAACUUCAGGUAAAAUGGCAAUUCCUGUGCUCUGGGAGUUCCUUAAGAAAUAUCCUUCUCCUGAAAUAACCAGGAAUGCAGACUGGAGAGAGAUGUCAGAGCUGCUCAAACCUCUUGGCCUCUAUGAGCUCAGAGCAAAAACAAUCAUCAAGUUCUCAGAUGAGUACCUGAGCAAGCAGUGGAAGUACCCUAUCGAGCUGCAUGGCAUUGGCAAGUAUGGGAAUGACUCUUACAGGAUCUUCUGUGUCAACGAGUGGAAGGAGGUACAGCCACAGGACCACAAGUUAAACGUGUACCACACAUGGCUCUGGGAGAACCGGGACAGACUGAGCAUAGGCUGAGGCACUGGGAAGGAAAGGCACCGGAAAGGCACAGCUCCCACCUCCUGGUCUUCACAGCCUUACAUGCUCCGCGCAGGGGUUACUCUGACCAAGUUCUUACAUUAAGUAUUUAUCUGUGUGUUGCACCCGGCUCGGGUCAUUGUUGUGAUGUCAUGUUUCAGAUCCCUGGCUUUUAAUAAACGUAUCCCAGUUUUUGUA